AUGGGUGUGCUGAACGUGACCAGUUCCGGUGCCGCAAUCGUCGAGUGCCAGCAACACCCGCAGCAGCAGCAGCAACAGAGCAAGAAAAACGACACAAUCUUCUCACCCAUCAAGAACAAGAUGAAGGUGUUGAAGAAGAUCAAGAAACGGAUGGGACUAGCAACGAGAAGUGCAUCGUCCUGUCCCGGUCCAAACAAUCUGCCCCCGCUACAGUUCCACACCGUGCACGGUGACAAUAUACGCAUCUCGCGCGAAGGUACCGUCGCCAAGCGGUACGAAUCGUUCUGCAAGGGCAUCACCUUCAGUGCGCGGCCGGUGCGCGUGAACGAGCGCGUAUGCGUCAAGUUUCUCGACAUCUCGAACAACUGGAGCGGCGUGAUCCGGUUCGGGUUUACCUGCAACGAUCCGUCGUCACUGCGCGGCAACCUGCCCAAGUACGCCUGCCCGGACCUGACGAACAAACCCGGCUUUUGGGCGAAAGCGCUGAACGAACGGUACUGCUACCGGGGCAAUGUGCUGUUCUACUACGUUACGCCGUCCGGCGAUGUGCACUUCGGCAUCAACGGCGAGGAGAAGGGUGUGUUCAUUACGGAUGUGGACGCACGUGGUCCGCUGUGGGCCGUAAUCGAUGUGUACGGCAACUCGACCGCGAUCGAGUUUCUCGACUCGCGCAUCUACAUGUUCCAGGCCCAGCAGCAGCAGCAGCAGCAGCAGCAUCAACACCAACAGCAACACCAUGGUGCGCAUCCGCACGCGCAAAGCCAAACGCGUCGUCCGACUGAACCGGAGAUCGGUAUGCCGCAGAUGGAAUCGCUCAGCAUUAACCAGCACAACCAUCAGCUGAUGGAGGAACGGCCGGUAACGUGCGGUGCGCUCAGUCCGUCGACCUCUGUCAGGUACCACAGCCCAGCGCCGGGAUUGCUACAUUUGCCGUUCCAUCCGGUGCGUGGACGUAACAUAAAGUUUUCGGCCGACCGGUUUGUCGCUACCCGUACGGAUACGGAGUUCUGCCAGGGGUAUGUGUUCUCGCCGCGACCGGUAAAGAUCGGCGAACGGAUAAUCAUUCAGAUCCUCAAGACGGACCCGAUCUUUGUGGGGUCACUGGCGCUAGGACUGACGUCGUGCGAUCCGGCCAGUCUGCAACUGAACGACCUACCGGACGAUUCCGACAUGCUGCUGGAUCGGCCUGAAUAUUGGGUGGUGAGCAAGGACGUUGCGUCGACGCUGGUGCGAGACGAUGAGCUGUGCGUUAAGAUCACCGUGAACGGCGAGGUACAGAUUAGCAAGAACGGUGGCGCCCCAUCGGUCAUCAUGCACAUCGACCAGUCGCUCCAGCUGUGGGCCUUCCUCGAUGUGUACGGUUCCACGCAAAGCGUGCGGAUGUUUACGCUCCCACUUCCCCCGGUGCCUUCGUCGUGCGCCACCAACCUCUACAUGGCCCGGUCACAUUCAUCGCUGGCCGCCGCCGCCGCCACUAGUCAAUCGGUGCGCAGCCUGCACCAGGAGCAGCAGAUGAUGGCCGAAUCGGCCACCAUGGCGACCGGCAGCUGUCGGACGCUUGCCGGUGGUUCGUCCACUAGUGCACUGGUACAGCAGGCGACGGCUGCAACCACCACCGCGUCCGUGCGCCCCGACAUGAUCCAGAUCAAUCCGGGCGGUACGGUGCUGGUCGUCAAUCUGCCACCGGCCGAUGUUCUCACCCAGCAGCAGCAACAACAGUCGUCCCAGUCGCAAGCGCAGGCCACCAUUGUGACGCGCGGUAUGACCACCUCCGCCUCGACACUGUCCGUCCCGCUGUCGACCCUUUCGCUUUCGUCCCAUACCGGCUCGACGGGCACGGCCAGCGAGCUGAUGGCCAACACCAACAGCAACAACUACACUGCUAGCAAUUCCGCCUACCCUGAGUCACUGUCAAGCUACAACAACGCUGCCAACUACUCGACCGCAGCGCUGGCCGCAAACGGUAUCUACAGCUCCACGAACUGUGUCGAUUGCACGAUCUGUUUCGAGAAGCCGAUCGAUUCGGUGCUGUACAUGUGCGGCCAUAUGUGCAUGUGCUACGACUGUGCGAUCAAGCAGUGGCGUGGCAUCGGCGGUGGACACUGCCCACUGUGCCGGGCCGUCAUCCGAGACGUUAUCCGCACGUACAAGUCGUAG